GGAAAGAAGAAGACCCAACUGUGACGAUGGCUUCGUGGGUGCCAUGGACGCUGAUGCUGGCGCUGCUACCGACAAGCGCGACGGAGUUGCUGAAGGACGAGGCUGAGCGUCAACGUCUGCGCGACGAGCUCACGCGUAUGGCUAAGAAUUACUUCAAGCUGCUGCUGCUCUGGGCCUUCCGCGCCGCGCAGAUCUUCGCUGGCAUCUCGUUCCUCUUCGCCACGGCCUCGCUGCUCUAUGCAUUUAUGUACUACCUUGUCAUCCCGUCUAGAUUCCAUGAACAAGACAUUUUCUUCAACUAUGGGAAUCGCCACAUGGACAUUUAUGUCCAGGGGGGGCAAACGCCUAUUAUCCCAACGGCGUCUUUGGAACUGCAGGAUCCGGUACAUCAGUGGCAGUCAUUUGUGGUCAAGCCUGACGAGCCAACGCAGCCUGUACUUGUCCCUGGUGUAAUGUACGACGUGAUCGUGGAGCUGACAGUGCCAGAGUCGCGAACCAACGCGGAGGUUGGUGUAUUCAUGGUAUCGACGACGUUAUACUCAAACCAGGAGAGGGGACUAGCAGCGAGUGCUCGACCUGUGACGCUGCAUGACAUGCCGGCGCCUGUGCGCUGGAUGAGACUAGCAUUUUGGCUCAUGCCCUACGCGUUGGGCUUUACGGAACCUGCUCAGACGCUUCGCGUGACAGCGAUCAACGGAUACCAGGAGAGCACCGAGUACCCUCUCACGCGCGUGGACAUUGAGCUGAACACGCCAAAGCUACAGGUCUACUCGGCCAAGCUUACAGUAAUUGCGCAGCUGACAGGUCUUCGGUAUUUAAUGUACCAUUGGGCAGUACCGACAGCGAUUUUGUUCAUUCUGAACAUUGUCUUCUUGGAAGCACUGGCACUGAUCAUUUUGUACGCGGUGUACGCUCUACCGCAGCUGGACGAGGAAGCAGCUGCUGACGCUGCGGUGCUGGAAGCUGCGGCUGCUGAUGCACGUGAUAAGGCGAAAAAGUUGUUCGAGACGGACUCGGCACCAGAGACUGAGGGUAUGGAGAAUGAAAAGAGCAAGACGCUGAUUGACGAGGUGGCAUUUACUACAACGAGUAUGGAGACAUUGUCGGCGGUGGUUGAGGAAGCAUCUGAGGACGUGGACGAUAUGAAGGAAGAGAAGGUGGAAGUGAAGAAGGAGCCUGUAGUUGACGAGUAA